UCGUCACAGACUCUUUUUACUAUUUGUCAGUGGUGCUCUGCGUUAGUCUUUUCGUUUGUUGCUUUGUUUGGUACCGAGACUUUGUUAAAUUACUCCAAUGGGAUCCGACCAGUUGCAAAUAGUUGCAGAACUUUUGAUUUGAAGGCUGAUAACAUCACACUGAAAGUCAGCGUAGACGCAGAAGCGCUGAAGGCUAUUUCACUGAGCUUUGUCACACAAAAAAAAAAAACAUACAGGUAUUUACCUGUAUGCUUGUCUGCAGUCACGCCUAAGGACACAACAUCCACAUGGAGACUUUGAGACAGCGUUCGAGAUUCGGGAGAAAAAAAGAGGAUGUGAAACUGGGGAAAAGCGAGUCCCUACUGUUCAAAAAGGAAGACCAUGCUAGUCUUAGGACAGAAGUGCUGAGAUUUGCAGUGUUUUCUGUGAUUUUCCGUGUCAUCAACUGUUUCCUGGUUCAGAGUAGCUUCAUUCCAGAUGAGUACUGGCAGUCAGUGGAGGUCGCCCAUCACAUGGCCUUCAAUUAUGGCCAUCUAACGUGGGAAUGGAAGGAGGGCAUAAGAGGCUUCACCUAUCCUCUCUUCUUUGCGGCCAUCUAUAAAAUACUACACUGGAUACACUGUGACUCUGUGUAUCUUCUGAUUUGGCUGCCCCGACAACUUCAAGCACUCAUCACAGCGUUUGCAGAUUUCAAAUUCUUCUUCUUCCUCAGAGAACUGGAAGAUCGAGACGUCGCGAAAUGGACGUUCUUCUGCCAUCUGUGCUCGUGGUACACAUGGUAUAGUUGCAGCAGAACGCUGACCAACAGCGUGGAGACCACCAUCACUAGCCUGGCUCUGUGCUACUUCCCCCUGCCAGCAUCCAAAACACACAGCAGCAAAAAAUAUUUGAGCCUCGUUGCAUUAGCGAUCAUUGUUCGCCCGACGGCCCUGAUUGUCUGGCUUCCGCUGUUGAUCCACCAUUUCUGGCAGGAUGAAAACAAACUGAGACUCGUGGUUCAUGACUACAUUCCCAUUGGGGCUUCAGCCGUUGUGAUUUCAACCAUAAUCGACCGCAUCUUCUAUGAAAAGUGGAUCUUCGUGCAUUUCAACUUCCUGAAUGUGAACGUCUUGGACGGAGUGGCCAACUUAUACGGCACACACCCCUGGCACUGGUACCUCACUCAGGGCUUCCCCGUCAUAAUAGGCCCCCAUCUACUGUUCUUUUUUUACGGAUGCUUCCUCGCUUACAAAAGGUACAGAAUUCUGCUUGUGACCAUUGCUUGGACCAUCGGCGUAUACAGUUUGCUUCCUCACAAGGAGUUUAGAUUCAUCUACCCUGUGCUUCCCUUCUGUAUGAUCUUUUGUGGGGCGUCGGUGGCCCGUAUGAGAACGUGGCGAAGAGCAGCCGCUAGUUUUUUGUUAGCAUCCAACCUGCUCAUAGCCCUAUACACAGGCCUGAUUCAUCAACGCGGCGCUCUGGACAUCAUGAGCCACGUCCACGCACUUUGCCGCAACGUCUCAGAGCCGGACAUCCUCUUCGCCAUGUCCUGCCACUCCACGCCUUACUACAGCCACGUGCACUGCCCACUAAAGAUGCGGUUCCUCGAGUGCCCACCCGAUCUCGGCCAGGCGGACUACGUGAACGAAUCGGACCGAUUCAACGAGGACCCGCUUCUCUGGCUCCAAACUUCUUAUCCGCGUGCACAUUCACUUCCUACUCACUUGAUUCUCUUUGACGUUAUGGAGAAGAAAAUCUCAGCAUUUCUGGGUGAAAACAACUACACAAAAACAACAGACAUAUUUAACACUCAUUUUCCCGAGGGAGGACUUGGAAGAAGAAUCUUUAUUUAUGAAAGGCCUCGACCACCACUGGAACAUGUUGGCGGCCAUUUCUGACUUCGUUUUUUGUUUUGUUUUGUUUUGUUUUGUUUUUUCUCAAGCUUUGUUUAUUGGGUUUUACAAGUGAAUACAAUUGCAUCAAAACAUUUACAAAUUGUGCAACGUUCACAUUUUCUCUUUGGGAAAAGAAAAAUGAAGUAAAGCAGCAUAUCCAAAACAGCUUCUGAAAA